GAAAUACCUCCCUCUGAUAUGAUAAAAAUUCACGCACAAUACGUGUUGGCAUUUUUUCAAACCAUAAAUGAUAGUAAUAAUUUAGCUAUUGAUCAAAAUGUUGUUCCUAUUGAAACUAUUGAUGUUCUAAGCGAUUUACCAUGUGAUCUGAAAAUCAUUAUCUCUAUAGUCUGCAAAGACCUUAACAAGCCACCCAAAACAGU